UUCUCCCAGAACGCGCACACUUUCUCUAUUCGGCUACAGCAUCCGCAAGACCUGGAGAUGACACACGGAUACACGUUCAAAAGCAACACCAUGCACGGUUCCGGGGCAGUUCAGUUGAUAAGACGUAAGAAAAAAACCAGAACAGUAUUUUCGCGAAAUCAAGUGCACCAACUGGAAACCACUUUCAACUUGAAACGCUAUUUGUCCAGCUCGGAGCGGGUUGUUCUUGCCAAAGCAUUACACUUAACGGAGACGCAAGUAAAAAUAUGGUUUCAGAAUCGUCGAAAUAAAUGGAAACGUCAGGUGAUCACUGAUUUUGACUCAUCACCAUCCGGUGUGCUUAGCGGUAGCACUAACUCCACAAUUCUGUGCCCUCGGUCGGGAAAUCUGCUCAAUUUGCCAAAUACACAAUCCACUGGACCAGGACUAUCCGGUCUGGAUUGUGAUUUGGGAUUCAUUUGGUCUGGGACCAACGAUAUAUAA